AUGAGUGUGAAGGGAGCCAGUUCCUCAUCCUCUUCAGGUAGUGGUCAGUCCAAGAAGAAUUGGAAGACUAAAAGAAAUAAGUGGGAGGAUAAACCCAAUUCAGGUGGAAAGCAAAACUGGAAGAAUGAAAAUUGGAGGAAUGAUCAGAACAAGGGAACCUGUAAGCACUGCAACAAGCUGUACUAUGGUGAAUGUUGGUUCAAGGAUAAAUUCAAGUGUCACAGAUGCAGCAAGUUUGGUCAAAUUUCUAGAAAUUGCACAAGAAAUAUACAGAACAAGUCUGGACCAAUUGCACAUUUUGCAAAGAAUCAAGCAUCGGAGAGAACCAACAUGUUCUAUGCCUCUCACUCGCUUUCAAAACCAACUGACUUUGGUGUUUGGUAUGUUGAUAGUAGGUGCAGUAAUCACAUGACAUCUCACGAAUCACUGCUCUCUAACAUUGAUAGGAGUUUGAAGUGCAAGAUGAAGAUAGGAAUAGGGGAAUUAGUUCAAGCUUCUGGAAAGAGGACACAUGUGAUUGAGUUGAAGAAUGGUCCUAGAUAUAUACAAGAGGUGAUGAUUGUGCUAGGCUUAGAUGAAAAUCUUUUAAGUGUUGGGCAAAUGAUUGAACAUGGCUAUUGGCUGCUAUUUGGUGACUCUAUGGUGAACAUAUAUGCUAAUAGGGAGUUGAAAGAGCUAGUGGCUAAUGUUUCAAUGAAAGGAAAUAGAUGCUUUCCUAUGAAGUUUGAAUUCAUGAACCUAGUGAUAGCAAAUAGAGCAGCAGUUGGAUAA